UGACAGUCCUAUGCAAGAGAGUGAACCGUUCCCGACAGGCAAUGCGACCAGCAGAACCUUUAGAUUUGGAUUAUGAGUUUCAGUCCCACCACUUCCCGAGCGAGUUUUGGCGGGGAGAUGUGAGUUGUACGGGAGCAAGACAACUCAUCUUUGCUACAACGGAACAACUGCAAUUGAUGAAGAAAGCCAAAACAUGGUAUAUGGACGGGAUUUAUAGAGUUGUCAGACAACCUUUCAAACAACUAUAUACCAUUCAUGUCUUCAUCCUAGGCGAAAACGGAGAGAUGAAACAAGUCCCAACGGCAUAUGCUUUCAUGUCCCGUCGUCAAGAAAUUGAUUACAGGAGGGUAAGUUGCUUUUUGGUGUUCUCUACCCUUGCAGAAGAAAUGGGAGGGCUGGAGUCACUGUGUGUCAAGCGGGUGAUGGCUGACUCCGAGCGCGAGGUAUGGCAGGCCGUCCGAGGGCUACUACCCAUGGUCGAGAUCAGAGGAUGCUUAUUUCACUGGGAGCAGGCCAUCCGGAGAAAAGUGCAAGCCCUUGGUCUUGAUGUAAGUAUAUUCCAGUGCGUUACUAGUGAGACAAUAAUAAGCAAACUCAUCAAGAAGCUGAUGGCAUUGCCUUACUUGCAUCACCCCCACAUUCCUGACCAGUUUGCCGCCAUCAAAGCCACAACAGAAGACACGAGCCUGUACCCCCUUUUCACCUAUGCAGAGAACACCUGGCUUUGUUCAACUGUUUGGCCAAUCACCAGCUGGUCCGUGUAUGGCAUGACGGUGAAGACCAACAACGAUUGUGAAGGAUGGCACAAGAAGGUCAACCAGGCGGCCGGCAAAAAGAACCUUCAGUUCUUCCUUUUGGUGAACCUCCUUCACAAAGAAGCCCUGUAUGUACCCCAGGUACCACAGUUGCUGGCCUGGGGUCAACUGUCACGCCACCAAUCGCGGAAGACCAGGGCAUUUAACCAGCAGAUACAAGACAUCUGGACAGAAUAUUCACAGGGCAUCAAGACUCCAUCCCAGACCCUUAUUCUAAUAACAUCUCUCAUAACUAAGAAGUAGCUUCAGGAUGGCACAAUAAGGAAAAGGAAAUCUUCAUGUCUGUAUAUAUAUAAUAAAUUAACUGAAAUCUUCAUGUCUGUAUAUAUAUAAUAAAUU